AUGCUACCAGAAAAAGAAACGAAAAUAACGGUUUUAAAUCCAUCAUUAGCGUCAUACGAUCAACUGGAAAACAAUUUUCACGAUUCCGUUUCAUGUCCAUGUCAAAAUAUUGCCGUAUUAUAUGACGUAAUUCUAUCGAUUGAAUCAAUCUAUCAUCAGAAAAAAUUAAAUGAUUCAAUCUACUCACGAUUUUCACCAACUACGAGCAUUAGUGUCAUUGUUGGUGAACUUUUCAUUGAGAUAUGGAUAAAUCAAAGUUCUUAUGAGAGCUAUUAUGCAGCAUGUGAACCUCAAUAUUGCCGCUAUGAAUACACUAGACGUAAUGAUCUAUUGUAUUUAUUAACAUCUUUACAUGGUGUCAAUGGAGGUCUUACUGUUGGACUACGUUUUUUUGUAUGGAACGCAGUGAUGAUUUUUGAAAAAAUAAAACAUCGAAUUGGUAUACCUUUUAAUUUGGCUCAGCUAUCGGUGUCGCCGUUCAUCAUCGCGGGGAAUCCGGCCUUGGCCUGA